CAGUAGCUUCUGGGUGAUGUCGCCAGUACGGAACCCUGCCCAGUGUUUUGGCUUAUCUUCGUGAAUGUUUGGUCAUUUACUGUUGUUGCAAAACUUAUAAUCAGACAGAUUUCUCAAGACUCCUUAUAACCCCGGACCCGGUAUGAUCAUCAGUGCUUUUUUGGAGAGACGGCAAGUGCCCGAGACAGAACGGUGAACAGAUCCCAGGUUUGAAGACAGACAGGUAUCCGACAACCGGCCAUCAUUUUCUCACAAGGAAAGGAAAAUGAGGCUUGCAUUUACAGUAUGCUUGGCACAGCUGGCUGUGGAAUUCUGUGUUCUGGGAACUCUGGGAAUGACCUUGGAUAUGCUGAAGAUCAGCAAGGACACACCUCUGUGCUAUCCAUUUGAUGAGAAAAAGGUUCCCCAUACACUCUAUACCGGGAACAGCUCCAUGGGAAGUGUUCCCGUCCUGGAGUACAAGAUCUCAGAGUUAACCAGCUUUGACUCUGAGUUUGAGCUGCGUACGCUGGACCCUGAGGGCAUCAUCUUCCUAGGGGACAUUGGCGCCGUCACCAACUGGUUCCUCCUGGCGGUGCAGAAGGGGCACCUGAGCGUGCAGACCAGCCGCGGGAACGGCAGGGUCGUGGUGAACGCCGGCCCCCUCAUCAGCGAUGGCCAGUGGAAGAAGAUCGUGGUGGCGAAGCGGGAGACGGACGUGUCUGUGAGUGUGAACGGGGACCGGGUCGUGUCUGUGCAGCAGUCCCCGGAGAGCCGCGAUGCGGAGCUCGGAGACGGACUCCUCCGGAUCGCCAUCGGGGCCUCCUUGCCAAACAGCAUUCCAAUUGGGAUCAGAGGGGCUCUGGACGCCUGCAUGCGGAGCUGGGACUGGGUGAAGCAGGACUCCAGUGCGCUGCUCCAGCACUCCCACACCCAGGGGUGCUGGGAGAACAUCGUCCCCGGCUCCUUCUUCCCAGGAAACGGGCAUGUGGGCUUCCUGCCAGAGACAUUUGGGAAUGUGACGGCAGAGGGAGAGGGUAGCACCUGGGUGCUCUCGAUGGAGCUGGCCUUCCGCCCUGUGGAGGACACUGGAGUGCUUUUUGCCGUUGUGGACCCUCACAGAAAUGUCUCCUUCUCCCUGUCCCUGUACCAGCACACAAAGGACCUGGUGCUCCAUCUGAAGGACCAGGUGUUUGGCUCGAGCAGCGCCCCGCCCUCUCUGUGCUCGGGCGAGAGCCAGUUCCUGCAGCUGCAGGUGAGGGCGGGCCAGGUGAUGACGGAGUUGGGGGGGGACAAGGUCACACGGAAGCUGGAGGAGCAGGACUUCCGCUACCUGAGGGCUGUGUGGAGGCAGCCUGGGACCAUGGUGUACCUGGGAGGUCUGCCUGAGGGAAGCUCCUCCUUCCACGGCUGCCUGCAGGCGAAGGUCCAGGGUGUGGAUGUGGAUCUGGACCUGGCGCAAGUCAAGAGUGGGGACAUUCGCUCUUACAGCUGCCCCUCUGCCCUGGACAUCCAGGGGAAAUGAGGGACAGUCAGUCCAAGCUUCUGAUACACGGUGCAUGUGCACACUCAUACACACAUUGCACAUACACACACACAAACACGGAUGCUUAACAUUAGCACACGCAAUAUACACAUAACACUCACCCAUGCACAAACAGACUCACACAUAAUGUAGCACCACAUAAUGUGUACACAAUAUACACACACACACACACACACACACAUACAAUGUACCCACAGCCCAGUCCACACAGUACUCUGUCACACACACCCACACACACUUUCAACACAGCACUAUAUCUUGUGGUUUGUUAUAACCUUUAAAUAUUACAAAGUGAAUAAAUUAGGUCUCAGACACAGCAGCGAGCACAUUAGUGCACCACAGGCAUAGAGAGUGUGUGUGGAUUUUUCCAUUUUUUAUAACCCAUAAACGCAGAAAAUAUGUUUUUACAACCACUCGUAUCCUUCCUUUGACUGGUAUCAGAACACAGAGGGAAUGUAAAAGUGAUUGAGCUGCUUCAGCCUGGAACAAUCAUUCUGAAAUCCAAAAUCUGAAGGUUACUUCCUGCUCUUCCCCAAAGCUUUUAUGUAAAUGCAUCAUGAAUGUGCACUGUCACGGUGUGCGGUCGGUGUCCAGGAAAGGGGACUGAACUUCAGCUCUAAAAGGUGCGGUGCAGCUCACAGCCCCCGUCUCUUAGCCAGGCAUUUCACAACGGACUGAGACGGAUGCUCUCAUCGCUCAGGCAUGAGGACUGAGUAAAGCUGUGGAUGUUUCAGAGAGAAAUUCUCUCUGGAGCGCGUGCCCUCUGUGUCCACACACAGCGCAAAAAUGGCAUUUUUUAAAUUAACUUUGUUUUGAAAUGUGCUUAAAUUUAAUUAUUCGGGGACUAAGAAUCCCGCAUCAAAGAGCACAUUGCCUGAAAAAAAGAAUGAUGCAAGACUCAAGAGAGUAGGUGGCAGAAAAAAAUGAUCCCAUUUGGUCACAUUUGUCAGCAUGAUUUCAUUUAUGAUAAUCAGCUUUUUUUAUUUUUAAAAUGCUCAUUUAUAGUGCCUCGCCAAGUAUCCAACAGCACAACCCCUCUCUUGACCCUUGCCUCACUGUUAGCAUGUAUUUUAUGUACUUCUGAUGGUCUCUAUCCAUUCAUAGAGUAGAAUCUCUGCAGACUCUACUAGACUCUACUCUAGAGCAUUUCUUACUCAACUGAUGAAUCUUUUACUGGUGUAUAUUCCUACACACACGAUACAUCCUGUUCCUCUUUUCAAACUCAUUCAUUGGUUAACCACAGACCCAAACCUGCAAGGGCGGAGUGCUGUCUACAUGGCUGCUGUCAUGAAGGUAGGAACAGAUUCCAGAUUCUGGGGCAUGAAGUUGUUUCGUUCGGCACGUACAUCUUUGGGGACUGAACCCACAAACUCACGGGAUCAGGGCAGGUAUUCCAUCCUCGAGGAAGCUGAAUACACGAACAUGCUGUAAACAACUGAUCACCCUGCUUUACCGGAAUUGUUCUAUUUCACAUCCUGUCUUGCAAAGUCCAAUAAAUAAAAAAACUCAAGAUA